AUGGAUGAAGAUUUUGCUGCUUGUGCGAGUAGAAGUCAAUGUGAACCCAACUCUUUAAUCCCAACAAAGACCUGUGGCACGACAGGUUUUGUAUUCCCAAAAAAUCAGCACGAUCCUCUCUGCUUCGUCGAAUUGAUUACUCUGAUUCAGCCACCUCGCAUUCUUUCACGCCCAUCACCAAAAGCGUCGUCGCGAAUUUGGCUGGCUGCCCCACCUCAAACCCAUCCACUGCCAUCACGACCACACACCCACCCGCCUCUGCGACCACCAUCUCACCUGCAGACCUCGUUCUGUUCUCCAUCCCCUCAUCCUCGGCCACAAUCUUCCUCCCACCCAUUCGGGUACCAAACAGCUGCUGGUCCAGCCUGCAAAAUUCGCUCCACCUUCUGUUGCCACUCGCAAGCCCUCCUGCAGUCGCCCUCCACGAAUCUCUCCAUCCUCCCUGCGACCCAGCAACUAUCACCACACCCUCGAGAGCAUCGCAAUCUAUCUCAAGACCUCUUCGCGUUUCCUGCCUCUCGACACCGCUUGUGCAGCAUCGGUGGUCGACAGCGCACCGCCAUCGUCCGGCCUAUUCGCCUCCUAGCCUCCACCUCCUACCUGGCCCGAGCUACUUGUACCUGGGCGACCACCUCGAGGACACUACAACUACGUAGCCGACCGCUACCUUAUUCUUCUCAACCCCGACGGUGUCAUCGUACUCCUCCAGCUCUCAGGGCUACACAAGCAUUUACACCACGAAUCCUCGUUCGUCUCAUCUAUGACAUCGCGGCUCGUUGGGAGCUGUACGAGAAGCGUAACGCGAUGCUCCAGACCCCGAUGACCCCGCCCUACGAAGAUUCGACCGCCACAUUUGGUACCGAUAAUGGCGUGCGGCCGCCUACAGAUGCUCUCGCGGAUCCUCCUAUGGUCAAUGCUACGAAUAGCAAUGCCAUGAGUAGUGUUAACAGACUCGAAACCCCGGAUAUGGACGACGACAAAGGCGCUGAUGGCUCGGUCGACGAAGAUCAAGACAUGUCAGAUGGAGGGGCAACCUUGACCAUGACACAUACCCAUGAUGCGCUACUAGAUACUGGUCUAGUUCAGCUUGAAUCGGGACUAUUUGGGCUGGAACAACAUCUAAAUGACAUGGAGUCAGAGCAUCUGCUGGAUAUGGAGUCUGGUUCAGCAUCUCCGUCUUCCACAGCCCCAACUACACUUCACGUCGAGUCCGUAACGCAAAAUCCAACAUACGCGCAACAGCAGCCGCCGGAUGCGUCCAUGGAAGAAGAAGCCCCUCCACCGACCCAUGAUAAUGCCGUUCUUCCAACCACACUGUCUGCAGUAUCUUUACAGUUGCAACAUCUUCAAGAUGGACUGGAUCUUGGGGAAGUCGGUAUGGCUGCGGAUGAUCAAGAGGGAUCCUUUGCAAAUACAAGUAAUGAAUCCAUCUCCUUGUUCCCCAAUUCUUCAUCUACCUCAUGGGUGGAGCCUUCCACCUCGUCUGCAUUUGGAGCUGCGCCAGAGGCUGUAGAGAUUCCAAACGUCCAACAUGAUGCGAGCGAUUGGCCGCCGGCUACUAAUGCUGCACCGUUGGUAUCACUCGAAGAUCAUGUUCCUUUUGAAGAAUUAGCGGAUAAUAUGUCAGAUGCUGACCAUUCUGAUGUGGAAGAUCACUACAAUCUCAGUCUCGGAGAAUUCCUGUACAAUUGGGGCAGAUCUGCUACAUUGGUUCACGACCAACAACGGAAGCGGAGAGCCCCACACCUAUCUUCAGUCUUUAGACAAAGAGACCUUGAUCCCCUCGAGCCGGUACGACGGAGCGACCUACAAGGUGAGCUAUGUGAUAUGCAAAGAAUAAAUUGGACCGAACUGGGCGUAUCACGGCAAGAGGCAAAGCGAAUGCGGAUGCGACUUUACAAUAAUUAUAGGAACGUUCGGCCUCAGAGUCAUCAUUCAAGUUUGCUCAAUCAAGGUGUUUCAUUGGUUGAUGAUGAAAACUACUUUCGCUUUCGUCGCAUGGAUUUUGACCACAAUGUUAAGUUGACCCAUUUCCAAUUAAGAAAUGUCAUGGCUUGUGCGUCGCGAGGUCACGUAUUCUACGCGGGCAGGUCCAGAGUUUGGCAGUGGAAUCCGUCCUCUAUCAAGAACAAGACAGGGCCGUCGUCUGUUGCCAUGGAAUUGACGAAUAUGACUAUUCAACCUCUCAACGGGAUUCCUGGUGGUAUGCAAAUAUCAACUCUAGAUACCGCACACGACAUUCUUGUGGCAGGUGGAUUUUGUGGCGAAUACGCCUUGAUAAAUUUAAAAAGUCACAAGGAUACCAAACAUACUGAAGGACUUAUUACGGAUGAGUUGAAUGCGAUCACAAAUCAUGUCCAAGUUCAUCAACACCGCGGCUCUUCCUUGCCGGUUGCCGCAUUCUCCUCGAAUGAUACUGGAUUUCGAGUUUUAGAUGUUAACACGAACACGUUCAUCCAGGAAAACAAGUAUGACUGUGCAAUGAAUUGCAGCGCCAUCUCACCAGAUCAACGUCUACGCGUAUGUGUUGGGGACACGAGAGAUGUCAUGAUCUGUAACUCCGAUACUGGGGAGAUUUUGCAGAGACUAGAUGGUCAUCGUGACUUUGGCUUUGCUUGCGAUUGGGCGGAUGAUGGCUGGACAGUGGCCACCGGAAACCAGGACAUGCAAGUCAAGAUAUGGGAUGCGAGGAAAUGGAAAUCUGCAUCAGGGUCUUCGUAUCCGAUCACGACAAUUGAGUCUGAGAUGGCUGGUGUGCGGAAACUCAAAUUCUCACCUCUCGGUUCUGGCAAGAGAGUGCUGGUAGCAGCAGAGCCAGCUGAUGUUAUUAGUAUUAUCGACGCACAAACAUUCACAAGCAAACAAACACUAAACUUCUUCGGGGAGAUUGGCGGUGUCGACUUCACAAACGAUGGGCAAGAUCUCUUCGUGGCUAAUAGCGACAAUAUGCGUGGUGGGAUCAUUCAAUAUGAACGUUGUGGACUGGCCGAUGAUGGACUACACAGGCUUGAGAGCAACAGACAGUACCGGCAAGAUGGGAGGUCGCGGGGCUACGACUGGAUGUCGGACGAGGAUGAACUCGUAGCACAUCCAAAGGCUCGAAGAACAGCGGCACAUCGACAGCGGAAGGCGGCCGAUUUAGGCGUCACGAUUGGCCAUUUUUGA